AUGCUUAGUGGAGGCUCAUUGGAGAAGAUAACUGAAAAGCCACCGGAGGUGACCCUCUGUCCAUCUCUUACUCUCUGCGCGUCGCAGCCUCCGGCCUCCGCCCCUGCUGCCGUCGUGCUCCGCCACUCCUCCCUGCUCCACCGCGGCCAGUCCCCUGCCGCUGCAACGUGUUACUCCCCAUCAACCAUGAUUUACACAGCUAUCGAUACAUUCUAUCUAACUGAUGAACAGCUUGAGAACACACCUUCUAGAAAAGAUGGAAUAGAUGAAGCCACUGAAACAACACUUAGAAUAUACGGAUGUGAUCUUAUCCAAGAAAGUGGCAUUUUACUCAAGGUACCACAACAAGUAAUGGCCACAGGUCAAGUUCUAUUUCAUCGCUUCUACUGCAAGAAAUCUUUUGUUCGAUUCAAUGUAAAGAGAAUUGCUGCAAGUUGUGUUUGGCUUGCUUCAAAACUAGAGGAAAACCCUAGAAGAGCAAGACAUGUCCUCAAUGUUUUUCAUAGAAUGGAAUGUAGAAGAGAGAAUCUACCUAUAGAGCAUUUAGAUGCAUUCUCAAAGAAAUAUACAGAAUUGAAGAUGGAUUUGAUUCGAUCUGAAAGACAUUUGUUAAAGGAAAUGGCUUUCAUUUGUCAUGUGGAACACCCUCAUAAAUUCAUAUCAAAUUACCUUGCUACCCUUGAAACACCCCCUGAGUUGACUCAAGAAGCUUGGAAUCUUGCGAAUGAUAGCUUGAGAACAACUUUAUGUGUUCGAUUCAAGAGUGCAGUGGUGGCAUGUGGUGUUGUAUAUGCUGCUGCUAGAAGAUUCCAUGUCCCCCUCCCUGAAAAUCCUCCAUGGUGGAAAGCUUUUGAUGCUGAUAAAUCAGGUAUAGAUGAAGUUUGUAGAGUUUUAGCUCAUUUAUAUACUCUACCAAAAGCACAAUAUAUACCUGUAUGCAAAGAAGGUGGCUCAUUCACUGUGUCUAAUCGCUCUUGGGAUUCCCCCUCCCAACCCCUUCCCAAGGAAUCACAAAUGAUCGAUGAUGCAAAUGUAAACAAGGUGUCUGUGGUGUCGGUGUCUCCGGCAUGUGUGAUUCUGGAGAAAGCCGGAAUCGGAAUUGGAAUUGGAAAGGGGAAAGAUUCAACAAAGAGUGAUGAUGUUGAUGAGAAAGUUGAGAAUCAGAGUGUUGUUCCGAUUCCGGUUGAGGGGGAAUCUGUUUCCAAAAGCAAAGAAAGGGAAAGGGAAAGGGAGAGAUAUAAAAGAGGGAGGGAUUCGGAAAGGGAAAGGGAAAGGGAUGAUAGAGAAAAAGUCAAAGAUAGGAGUCAUCGGUCAAAGGAUAGAGGAGGAAAGGAUUCAGGACAUGGUGAAAAACCGAAACAUCAUUCUUCACGAGAUCGGGACUAUCAUGGCUCGACGUAUUCCUCAAGGGAGAAGGAUCGACACAGACAUCAUUCGUAUGGUUAAUAUUUGCUAAAAAGCUUUCCAUGUUCAUAUCUCUUAUAUCAAGUUUGUGAGGUUUAUUGACAUUUUUACCCUUAAUAGUUUACUCUAAAACAUCUUUCAAUUUUUUUUUUGACAUGUAGGGAUGUUGUAAUUUUGCAAUAUCUCAGAAGUUUCAUUCUAACUUUAUAAAAGGACUAUUGUGUUUUAAUUAUAUCUUCUUGACAAAUCGUGAUUUAAAAAGUG